AUGGAGAACGAAGAACUAUUUGCGGGGGAUCCCGAUGUUGCCCAGCUGCACACCCGAGAGAUUCGUCCCACUGAAGAUGUGAACGAAAACACACCUCUAAUUGAUGAAGCCGAUGGGCUAUUGCAUCGACAGCCUUCUUACGUUACGGAUAAUGAGCCGAAAUGGAGGAAACCGAGCAUUUGGUGGCUGCUUCCAUUCGGUCUCCUCUUUACCCUGGGCUUUGGUGGAAUGGCCGUGCCCAAGAUCAACUUGAUCAUGUCACUCAUCUGUCGAGAUUAUCUCGCCGAAAAGAUUACCGAAGACCCUGGCUUCACCUAUCUCCCUGUUAUAUUUGGCGAGAAGGAACCUCAGUGCCAGAUACCGCAAGUUCAGUCAUUGGUUGCCCAGUUCCAGCUCUAUCUCAAUCUUAUUGCGGGUAUUCUAUCGGCAUUAGUGAGUCCCCGGUUCGGACACUUAUCCGAUCGUUACGGAAGGACCAAGAUGAUCGCUCUCGGCGCCAUGGGCGCGGUAUUCAAUGAGCUUAUCACUGUCGUCGUGGCUAAAUGGCCAGAGCGGUUCUCGGUCAAUAUGCUUCUGGUUGGUGCAGUUAUGGAUGGACUGGGUGGAUCAUUUACAACCGCACAGGCUUUGAUCCAUUCCUAUGCUUCUGAUUGUACGCCAACCGAAAAGCGAAGCGUGGCAUUUGGUUUAUUCCACGGUGCUCUGUUCUUUGGAAUCGCAGCAGGACCUGGCGGUGCAGCAUUUUUAAUCAAGCAUGGAGGCACGCUGCUCGUCUUCUACAUUGCGCUUGCAUUCCAUGCAACUUUCUGUCUAUCGGUCUUCUUCAUCGUGCCUGAAUCUUUGUCCAAGGAUCGACAGCUCGCGGCCCGCGAGAAGCAUCGCAUGAAAAUCGAGGAUGGUGACUCUCCUAGGUGGUACUCUUGGCGUGUCUGGAACCCAAUGAACCUGAUCACCCCGCUUGCAAUUCUCAUGCCCGCCGCUGGAAAGCCCAGUGUCUUGUUCCCUAACCGCCGUGGUGCCAGCCCGGCUCUACGCCGGAAUAUCAUUUUGUUGGCUGCUAUCGAUACCGCGGUCUUUGGAGUUGCCCUGGGCACAAUACAGGUUAUCAUCAUCUACGCCGAAUACAUGUUCAACUGGGGCAGCGUGGAGUCCAGUCUGUUUGUGGCGACCAUUAAUGUGGUGCGAGUGGUCAAUCUUUUCCUGGUUCUUCCGCUUAUCUCGCUGUCCUUCCGCACCCCUUGCGAGGAAGAUGGAACCAUUCGUGGCUCGGACACGCUGGACAUUGUUCUAAUCCGCACAUCUAUAAUAUUCGAUAUACUGGGCUACAUCGGCUAUGCUCUGGCCAAGACGCCAUCAGUUAUGAUAAUUUCCGGUAUUGUCGCCUCGCUCGGUGGCAUGGGAUCUGCAAUCUUGCAGUCGUCUCUGACCAAGCAUGUGCCUCAUGAACGCAUUGGACAGAUGCUCGGUGCCACUGGUCUUUUACAUGCUCUUGCUCGAGUUGUUGCACCUACUGUCUUUAACUUGAUCUACAGUCUGACUGUUGCAACGUUACCUCAGACAGUGUUUGUGGCACUUGCAGCUGUUUUUGGUGUAGCAUUCCUCAUGAGUCUGCUAAUCAGGUCGCAUGUUACCCUAGAGGAUGGACCACCUGCCGAUCUAAGAGCGGAAGAAGAUGCCGAUGAGUCUGACGGGCUUUUGCUAUGA